CUACAUUUCCUCUGCAUCGGAAUGGCUUAAGGAGAACGUGCUCCAACUAGUGCGAAUGUCAGUGUAGAAUAGUUGAUAGUGUGUUUAUGUCUGCUGUUAUGAUUUUAUUGUAAAACAUAGACGAGUCAUUAGUUACCAGGUCGAGUGAAUAAGUGGCGAGUAAACCUACAAGAUCAGAUGGACAUUGGAGGAGGGAAAUCAAUCAACGCUCCCGCUCAAAUCAAGAAAGUGAUACAUUAUCGGAACAUUUGAGCUUUGAUGUUUGAUCCUAACACGUUGCAGUGUUUGUCCUGCAAAACAGUUACUCAUCGCCCGUUGUACAAUGUAGCGACAUUUAUGUAUUACUUGCAUGAAUGUAACAUGAUAUUUGGUUCGACAUGACUAAUGUGACGCCAAGUAAAAGCGUAGAAUGGCUGCAACUCGAGUUGGAAUCCGGAGGAAGUUCACUGCUUUUGCUGGACUGUCGAUCCCACGAGCUUUAUGAAUCAUCCCAUAUAGAAACUGCCAUCAAUUUGGCCAUACCAGGAUUGAUGCUGAGAAGGUUCAAGAAGGGCAACAUACCUAUCCGAACUAUUAUCCCGAACCAUGAAGACAAGGAUAAAUUCGUUAGACGUUGCAAUACGGACACAGUGAUUGUGUACGAUGAGUGCACUGUGGACUGGCAGGAUGGGGCAAGUGGCACGGUUCUGGAACUACUUCUUCAGAAACUAUGGGAUGACGGUUGUAAAGCAUAUUAUCUUGAAGGGGGAUUUGUGAAGUUUCAAACUGAGUACCCGGAACACUGUGAGACUCUCCUGGACAGCUCGUGUCCUAGCUCCUCUCCUCCGCUGUCCGUCCUAGGCUUUGGAAGUCUCCGGAUUAGUUCUGAUCUCUCUGACGGGGAAUCAGACCGCGAGCCGAGCAGCGCCACUGAAUCGGAGGAGAGCCCACUUACAAAUAACCAGCCCGCCUUCCCGGUCCAGAUCCUGCCCUACCUUUACCUGGGCUGCGCCAAAGACUCCACCAACCUGGACGUGUUGGGCCAGUACAAGAUCAAGUACAUUCUGAACGUCACACCCAACCUCCCAAACAUGUUUGAACAUGACGGCCUCUUCACGUACAAGCAGAUCCCCAUCUCGGACCAUUGGAGUCAGAACCUGUCCCAGUUCUUUCCAGAAGCCAUUUCCUUCAUUGAUGAAGCCCGGUCCAAGCAGUGUGGUGUCCUGGUACACUGUCUGGCUGGCAUCAGCCGCUCCGUCACUGUCACCGUGGCCUACCUGAUGCAAAGACUCAACCUGUCACUCAACGAUGCCUAUGACUUUGUCAAGAGGAAGAAGUCCAACAUCUCGCCCAACUUCAACUUCAUGGGCCAGCUGCUGGACUUCGAGAGGACACUGGGGCUGCACAGCCCGUGCGACAACCGGUCAUCGUCCAAUGAGCAGCUGUACUUCACCACGCCGACCAAUCACAAUGUGUUCCAGCUGGACACACUGGAGUCGACGUGAGAAGUCAGAGGAGCCCUGGCCGGUCGGCCAUGUUGGUUAAUUGGUGUCUCUGGUGUAUUUUGUAUCCUGUCUGGAAAAGGAAAAGCAUCCCAGAACUGCAGCUUACGAGGACUCGCCUGUCCCGCAAGUGAUUUCAGUAUAGAUGUUCAAAGGGCACAGUCCACCCUGUUAAGCUUAAUACAGUACAUGCUCUGUUUGGUCCAAGCUCUGAUGCCUUAAUGUUUUACUCAAGUAAUCCAAAAGGUUUAGUGUCUAAUAUAAUAAUGGAUGAUGGUAUGCAAUGGUUAUGUCAGGAAAUGUAAUUAUUCCUGUUAGCUCUAGAAAUAUUCUAGAGCUAACUCUAGGACUUUCGAUGGUUUGACUGUUAUUUCAUAUUCACCAGCUGUGGACGGGUCUGUUCUUUUAGUAACGUUUGUUACUAAGACUUUUGGUCCGAACUACAUGGUACUUUUGCUGAAGGGACUGGGCUGCUUUACGCUAGACUUCAAUACCUUUGCAACCUUUUCCGUCGAUGACUGUUCUACACAUCUUCAUUCGCAGCUAGCUUUCUAAGAGCACAUUGCGUUAGCAAAGCCCUUUUACAUUGUGAUAAUUAUAAUGUUAUUUUCUUUCUGCAUGUUAUUGUUUUUAUCUUCUGUAUAACAUACCUCUUCUGCCUGUUGUUCCAGUGGCCUUUUCCAUAACUUCUAAGUUAACAAAACACUUAACUGUCUUUGACCAAGGACCUGGGUGUAGUGUAGGAUUGUCAUUUACCAUGCUUGAAAU